ACCGUGACAAGCAUGCUCAGUCACGAACGACAUCCAGCGUCUGGUGAAUCAAAGGCUAAAACGCUGAAGAAACAAUGCCAAGUCACCAGGUGGGAGGCAAGCUCGAUGCCGAAUGAUCAAUGGGGCGUUGUGGGCGAGACUGGGACUGGGAGGGGCGUUGCUGGGCGUUGCUGGGCGCAAACGCAUGCCGUCAUAGGCUGGUCACACUGAUGGUUUUGGUGAGCGGGGGAAACGAGAAUCUUUGCCUUGCGAACAGGGGAUAUCUGGCUAUCCCUCUGCUAUGCAAAGCAUCAUCUGCAGAUAAUCGCCUCUCUCGGACAAGAGUCACAGAUGACCGCUUUUGGUAGUUUCGGUAGGAUUUGGAUUCGGUCUGGCUCAGCACACACAGCCAGUCAGACAGUGAAUGAUGAAUCAACUCAGUCAGCCCGGCCAAAGCUACCUGGUCGAAGCUACCGGUGCCAACCUUCGCAUGGGAGGUUACCCGAG